ACCUCCUGCCACUAGGCGGCGACAGCACCUCAUCCACUCACUCAUUCACGUGUUCUUAUGUUUAUACAGUUUUUUUUGUUCCCAGCUGUUUCAUAAUUGAUCUGAGAGACACACAGAUGUACACUGACACACACUCACACACAUCCUGCGUGUUUUUACCACCUCUCUCUCACACACACACACACACACACACACACACACACACACACACACACACACACGUACACACGCACACACUGUGUGUGUGUGUGGGAGCACGUUGCAUACCAAGAGAAAAAGUCAAGUCACAAAAGAAAGCAUUGAGUAUUGAGUGCACGCGGUCGGUCACCUCCAUGUUGGUUCCUCUGCAGACUGAUCUUUGAACCUGAUCAGCUCCACACAGUCCGGAUUGAUCCCUCAGAGGACACCAGAGGAGAGAGCUGCUGCAUGAAAUCACUUUAUCAGGCUGGAAAAAAAACACAAUCUGAAAAACCUGAAGGACUAAAGAGACCCAUGGAUCCGAGUCAGGACCGCGACCAGCCUGCACGGACCUCAUGAUCAGAGCCAGCAGCAGAUCUAGACCUGAAGGAGAACUUUAGCAGCAGAGAUGUGGAACUUACAUGUUUUUAUAACGUGCCUUUUACUUUUUAUUUCAAAGUGUGGGAGUUUAAAUGUGACAGGUCAAAGUGGACACGGGUUCUUAGAGAAUAUUCUACAUUAUUAUGGAGAGAAUAAAUCUAUUUCUACUGAGAACCUGGAGGAUCUACUGCUGCUGAUCUCAGCCAGGAGACCUGAGUCAAUCACUGAGCAGAACCCACUGGAAAACCAAGAGUGUCCCUCAGCCGAGCAGAUUUUGUCCCACUUCGGCCUUAGCAAUGUGAGUCAGCUGACUGUGGGACAUCUGGGGAGGAUCUGCCCUGCUGUGUUGACCCAGGUGCUGCUGCCCUCCUGCCCCUUCACCGUCACCACGCCUGAGCCCCCCAUGCUCGACUACACUGUGUGGGGUUAUGGGUUCCUGGCGGUCACUGUGAUCAACUUGGCGUCCCUGCUCGGUCUCCUGCUGAUCCCCUUCACCAAGAAGUCUUAUUUCCCCAAAGUGCUGACCUACUUCAUCGGCCUCGCCAUCGGGACGCUCUUCUCCAACGCUGUUCUCCAGCUCAUACCCGAGGCGCUGGGUUUUGACCCCAAAUCGGAUAACUAUGUGGCGAAUGCAGUUGGAAUAUUCGGAGGGUUUUAUAUUCUCUUCUUCAUGGAAAAGUUACUAAAAAUGGCGCUCGGGAUCCAGCAUGAGCACGGCCACAGUCACUUCACUCCCUCAGAGACCACUCAAGAAAACUCCCUCCAAAAUGGAGACCUACUGGAUAAAAAGGACUCCAUCGUUUUGACCAACAUCAACACCAUCGCCACAGACAAGAGCAGCCCGAGCCCGGAGCCUGCGCAUUCAAACGUGACAUCUUCUCAGGAGGUCCAGGUGAUGUGUCACUGGCUGCGUGGAAAACGCAUCUCCAGCAUCAAGACGGUGGCGUGGAUGAUCACUCUGAGCGACGCGCUGCACAACUUCAUCGACGGGCUGGCGAUCGGCGCCUCGUUCACAGUGUCGGUGCUGACGGGGUUCAGCACGUCCACCGCCAUCGUGUGUGAGGAGUUUCCUCAUGAGCUGGGUGACUUCGUCAUCCUGCUGAACGCCGGGAUGAGCGUCCCCCAGGCCAUUUUCUUCAACCUGCUGUCGGCCGUCUCGUGUUACAUCGGCCUCGUGUUUGGCAUCCUGCUCGGUAGCAACUUUGCCCCCAACGCAAUCUUUGCCAUCGCAGGAGGAAUGUUCCUGUACAUUGCACUGGCAGACAUGUUUCCAGAGAUGGACAAUAUAGCACAGGAAGAGACGCGCACAUCCUCCAAGAUCAUCUUCUUCCUGAUCCAGAACGCGGGGCUGCUCACCGGGUUCACCAUCAUCCUGCUCAUCACCAUGUUCGCAGGAGAGAUCAACCUGGGCUAGAGGAAGGAGGGAGGAGAGGGAGGAGAGGAGCGAGACACAGGAACAAAGACUGGAAAAUAAAACGUGCUGCUUUCGUUUCUGCUCACUCAGGGAGCAGGAGGGUGAAUGUAACGUGAAUGUUUUGUACGAACAAAACCAAAUGUAUAAAGGGAAAUAAUGCUUUUAUAUCUUCUGACUAUCAAUUUAGUUUAUUCAAUGCAAAAAGGGAAAAUCUGUACAAUCAUUUGAUGUUUGAACUCUAGUUAAAUUUGUUUUUGUGGAGACAAUAAAUUAUUUUUUCAGUCUUCAUGUAAUGUGAAAUACUUUGUUUAUUGUACCUCAUGAUGCUGUAGUGUAAACUAACAUCAGCUGUUUGUCUCCUGCUUUCAAAGGUGGAAGUGUUCGACCUCAGACUUUGUUUUCUCUUUAUCAUAUUUUCUUGUUUAUGUAUUUUACUGCUUAUCAGGCUGUAGAUACUGUUCAAAUGUGAGCCGAAAUGAAACAAAGAUCUCCACAACAACCUCAGAUUACUCCAAUUUGGAAAGCUUUAAAGCCAGAGUUGAUGCACAUGAUUAAAGGUAGUAUAAAUAAAACUGACAGCUUCUCUCUGUGGCUGAAUAAAUGUGAAAUUAACAAAAUGAAAUGCCACAAAUAUCAGAGACAAAUGAAAGAGAGCAAACAAGAAAGUUUUCACAAUAAAUGUAGACAUUUUUACUGAUGUUCCUCUUCACAUUUAAAGCUGUUACAGAGGUUAUAGACGUAUAUACACAUGCACAAACAUGAUCCUAUGUGAAUGAAUGGAUCCAACACCCCGAGUAGUUUGAGAUUUGGUGCCUUGUUUGAGGGCACCUCAGCAGUGCCUUGGAGAUGAACUGGCACCGCUGUAGCUGCUGGUCCCAAUCUCCAGACUCUGUUCUGCACUGGGACCAAUGUGACUGUCUUCCACUUCCCAAGUCCAUACAGACCAAGCUCCUGCCACUAGGGAUGUGUGCAUGUUUGGUCAAAUUACAAGUUGAUAUAAACAAAUAAUCAAUAUUUUUAAGACCAGAAACUUGAGAUGCUGGUCACAUAUUGUCUCUAUUGGGUCUCUCCGGUUAUAAUCUACUGCCAUAGUGCGAGAGUGCUCUACUACCUGGAUCUAAAUGAACACAGAUGACAGAUGGCAUCUCUUAUUACGGUGUGGUUUCUCAGUAUUUUGACCAAGAAGAUGGAGACAAAGUUGCAUGUAGGCUGUGUCUGGUUAAACUGGCAUAUAAUCACUCGACCAGAGCAAUGAGGAACCAGCACAGGCUCGUGGAGGACCAAAGGCUGGUGAUGCUAGCUCUACUAGCCUUAACCAUACUCAGCAGCAAUUCAACAUUGUUUACCUGCAGACUCUGUGACCCAUGUUUGAAUAAAUGGUGCUCAAUUUA